CAAUGUGUGAUGAACCUGAACCAUCUUCUUCCUGCGUGAGAUCUGCUUGUCCCGUAUGUGACAAACUUUUUUCGAUGGAGGAAAUUGAGAAGCAUGUUGACCGGUGCUUAUUCCUGAAUUCCGCGGAGGGUGCUUCGGUGUCGUCGUCAUCGUCAAGUCGAGAAAAAGCAAACAUACAGAAUCAAAACCCAGUUCGAGAUGCGAAGCGAAGCUAUAGCAUUUUCAAUAAAUCAAGCCCGGUUAAUUCAUGUAAACGGGUUAGAGGAGAGGAUAGUUCCCAUGCGAUUGCGGAUAUGGAAAAACAAAUUAUUGAUUUGUCCGAUGAUGAAGUUAGCCCGACAGAGAGAAAAGAAAUGGUACAAAUAAAACCUACGAGUAUAAAUAAAAAUAAGGAUUCAAACGUUCCACUGGCUGAAAUGAUAAGGCCAAACGAAUUAGUCGAUUACAUCGGACAAGAGCACAUAAUUGGAAAAAGUACAGUGCUAAGAACUCUUUUCGAAAAUAAUACGAUCCCGAGUAUGAUUUUUUGGGGACCUCCAGGUUGUGGUAAAACAACAUUGGCGCAUAUUAUUGCAACUCACUGUAAGAAACAAGAAAAUUUGCGAUUUGUUAAGUUAUCGGCUACAAUGAGCGGAAUUAAUGACGUCAAAGAAGCAGUUAAGGUGGCCAAAAAUGAAAUGAAGUUUAAACGAAAAACAAUACUGUUUAUGGACGAAAUUCACCGUUUCAACAAAUUGCAACAAGACAUAUUCUUGCCACAUGUGGAAAGUGGAAUAGUAACUCUGAUCGGCGCUACAACUGAAAAUCCUUCUUUUAGUCUGAAUUCUGCUUUGUUAAGUCGCUGUCGAGUUAUUGUUCUUGAAAAACUUUCAGUGGAAGAUGUAAUAAAAAUUUUGAAACGGGCGUUAUCCGAAUUUGACACAGUCAUGCUUGAAAACAAUAACGAGAACCCUGAUAUUAGCAAGUUUCAAUUCAUUCCCAGAAUGAUGAUCAGCGUUGAAAGUAUACGAUGGUUGGCAGAAAUUUGCGAUGGAGAUGCACGCAUUGGACUAAACAGUCUUCAGUUAGCUUUGAAUGCAGCAGCAGCCCAGCGGCAAGAAGACGAAAGCGCGAUAAAAUUGCUUACGCUGGAAGAUAUCCGAGAAGGGGUAAAGAAAUCCCAUUUACUAUACGACCGUAAAGGAGAUCAACAUUAUGAGCUGAUAUCUGCAUUGCACAAAUCUAUUCGUGCUUCUGAUGACAACGCUGCUUUAUAUUGGUGUACACGGAUGCUGCUCUCCGGAGAAGAUCCCCGUUAUCUUGUUCGACGGAUGAUACGAAUGGCUAGCGAAGAUAUAGGAGCUGCCGAUACCAAUGCUCUUACAGUGACAACGGCAACGUUAGCGGCUGUUCAAGCAGUUGGCAUGCCAGAGGCAGAUUGUAUUAUUGCUCAUUGUGCUGUAUAUUUGGCAAGAGCUCCCAAGAGUCGAGAGGUGUAUAACGCUUUCAAUCGUUGCAAAGCAGCGCUGGAAAAUCAAAAAGGACCUAUGCCUGGUGUUCCACUACAUCUUCGUAAUGCCACUACUAAACUUACGCGAGAUCUAAACUAUGGUGUAGGAUAUAAUCUAAUGCAUAAGGAGCAAUCCGGACUACAAUACAUGCCAGAAGGGCUGGAGGAUGAAAAUUAUUUUUCUGAAUAG